AUGCAUCCUUACCUUCACAGCGCUUUUCUUUACCUCUUAGCCCGCCUUCGUGGCGAGGCCCUCCACCGGAUUGCCGGAUUCACGCGGGCCGGGAUCGCCUUCCUUCGGGAUGCCAGUGGACACGAGUUGGAGAGUUCGGGGCUCGAAGACCAGGUCACACUCCGGAUGAAUGUGGCCUAUAUUGUUGGGCUCCGGGGGUUCAAGGGCUGUUCUUACAUGUACCAAUGGGUUUGGACAGCCCGACACAACAUUUGUAGGUAUUUCCCCCUUCGUAUCUCUCCACAGUGGCUUUGA